GGCCGUGUGGGCGUCUCUGAGUAAUUGCCCGCAGAUUUCUUCGCUCUCAUUGGCUGCCAACAAUGGGGUCCGUGUGAACCGAGAGAAGGGGGAGCGGUGGUCAAAACCAUCCCCGAGCUGAGUCGAGCCAGACUGAGUGAAAAAGAGAAGAAUCGCUGCCCGCAGUAGCGUCGCAGCCUCGUAAGCCUCGCGCUCACCCCGCACGGGCUAGCCGGCAAGCUAGUACGCUAGUUUAGCUGCGUCCGACUACGCCGCCCGGCCCGGGUGAUACUUGCUCCAAAUUCGCUCUCCUUAUUUGCGCCCUCCAUCCCAGCUUCAAAAUGAUGAAGUUUAGAUUUCGUCGGCAGGGCACCGACCCGCAGAGGGAGAAGAUAAAACAGGAGCUCUUCGCCUUCAACAAGACGGUGGAGCAUGGAUUCCCACAUCAGCCCAGCGCAUUGGCCUACGACCCCGAGCUGCAACUCAUGGCUAUCGGCACAAAGGCAGGCGCCCUUAAAGUUUAUGGGGCGCCUGGUGUGGAGUUUACAGGGCUACACAAGGACACCAUUGCUGUCACACAAAUCUACUUUGUGCCAGGACAUGGCCGCCUAUUGUCACUUCUGGAUGACAAUACCAUUCACUUGUGGGAGCUGACUGCCACAGCCCCCAGGCAGGUAGGAGGGGUUAAGAGAGAGGGUGUAGUCAUGCUACAGGAAGUAGGCAGCUACAACCUUCCAGGAAGACCGGGCAUUGAGAGCUGCAGUACCACACGAGUGACUGUCCUCCUCCUCCUGAGGUCAAGUGACCUGCUCUGCAUUGGAACAGAGGGAGGGGGUAUAUACUUCCUGGAUUUGCCCAGUCUAUCACUUAAAGACAGCCAAACAUUGCUCCAGGAUCGGGUCACACAGAGCCUUCCAGAAGACUACAGAUGUGGGAAAUCGUUAGGGCCUGUGGAAUCUCUUCAGGAGCAUCCUCGACAAGCAGGAAAGAUUCUAAUUGGCUACAGCCGGGGCCUGGUGGUCCUGUGGGAUGUGAGCAAGCGUCAAAUAGACCAGCUCUUCCUUGGCAAGCAGCAGCUGGAGAGCCUGGUGUGGGAAUGCUCGGGAAAUUUGUUCGUCAGUUCCCAUAGCGAUGGCGGUUACUCCGUGUGGGCUGUUGCCAACGGCAAUGGCAACAGUCAGCAGCCGGUGUCCGCUACUAUCCCAUAUGGUCCUUUUCCCUGCAAAGCUAUUAAUAAAAUCCUCUGGAGGACAACAGCGACAGGAUCCCCAGUGCUGUUGUACAGUGGAGGGAUGCCUAGAGCCAGCUAUGGCGACCGCCACUGCCUCACCAUUCAGCAGGACAAAGCCCACGUCACCUUGGAUUUUACUUCCCGGGUCAUUGACUUCUUUACAGUCCACAAUGUUCAAACAGAGAAAGAAUUUGAUGACCCAUCUGCACUGGUGGUCCUAUUAGAGGAGGAGUUGGUUGUGAUUGAUCUCCAGACUCCUGGUUGGCCGACGAUGCCAACUCCCUACUUGGCUCCUCUCCAUUCCUCAGCCAUUACGUGCUCUUGCCACAUCACCAGCGUCCCUCCCAAACUGUGGGAAAGGUUGGUCAAUGCUGGAAAAGCGCAACAGGGCAGUGAACACGCACCCAGGAGCUGGCCCAUAUGUGGAGGGAAAAACCUGGCUCCUCCACCGAAACAACAAGAGCUGCUUUUGACAGGACAUGAAGAUGGAACUGUGCGUUUCUGGGACGCGUCCGGGAUCGCUCUUACACCACUGUACAAACUGAGCACAGCCAAUGUCUUCCACACGGACUGCGACCCCUGCGAUGAGCCUCAGGACCCUAGUGACGAUCCUGACAUGCUGCAGGAGGAAGAAUGGCCUCCAUUCAGGAAGGUGGGGUGUUUUGACCCGUACAGUGAUGAUCCCCGUCUGGGCAUUCAGAAGAUCAGCCUAUGCAAGUACAGCAACAAGUUGUUGGUGGCAGGCACAGCUGGGCAGGUGAUCGUUCUCAGUCUGAGCGACGACAGCUCAGACCACACGGUGGACGUCUCAGUCGUCGAUCUGCUCCAGGACAGAGAGGGCUUCACGUGGAAGGGCCACGAUCGACUGGAACCGCGCCUCAAACCUGCCCCUUUCCCUCCCGGCUUUCAGCCUCAGGUGCUGGUGCAAUGCAUGCCGCCAGCUUCUGUCACAUCUGUCGCGCUGCAUGCCGAGUGGAAUCUCAUCGCCUUUGGGACCAGUCAUGGCUUUGGCCUCUUUGACUACCACAGAAGAAAUGCGGUCUUGGCCAGAUGUACCUUACAUCCCAAUGACUCCCUGGCUAUGGAGGGCCCCCUCUCAAGAGUCAAGUCUUUGAAAAAGUCCUUACGGCAGAGUUUCAGGCGAAUCCGCAAGAGUCGAGUCUCUGGAAAGAAGCGCACCAUCACCACACCUGCCAGCAAGGUCCAAGAGGCCAACGCUGCCCUUGCUGAGCAUGAGGAAAUGGCGCCGAUCCAACGAAGGAUUGAACCUCGAUCAGCAGACGAUUCGUUGUCGGGAGUUGUUCGAUGUUUGUGCUUUGCAGACACCUUUCUACGUGAUGGUACACACCACGGACCCACGCUGUGGGCCGGCACUAACUCGGGCAGCGUGUACGCUUACGCUCUUGAGGUACCCGGUGUGGGCUCGGGGCGCGGCUCUGAGCGGGGGGUCGCGGGUGAAAGCGCCGCUUGUGUGGAGGCAGUGUUGGGCAAAGAGAUCCAGUUGAUGCACAGGGCUCCUGUGGUGUCCAUCUGUGUGUUGGACGGACGUGCUAAACCUCUACCAGAGCCUUAUGAAGCUUCACAGGACCUCUCCAUUGCUCCUGAUAUGUCCAAUCCUCAUUCUGUGCUCAUCGCCUCUGAAGAACAACUCAAGGUGUUCUCGCUUCCUAAGGUGAGCGCUAAGACGAAAUUUAAGUUAACAGCUCACGAGGGCUGCCGAGUAAGGAAAGUUGCCCUAGUGGUCUUCAACUCCACGGCUCAGGAAGACUACAGUGAGCACACGCUGGUGUGUCUCACCAACAUGGGAGACAUGCACCUUUUUAAUAUACCUGGCCUCAGACCACAGGUGCGCUAUGACUGCAUCCGUAAAGAGGACAUCAGUGGCAUAGCAUCAUGUGUCUUUACCAGAAAUGGGCAGGGUUUCUACCUGAUCUCUCCCUCAGAAUAUGAGCGUUUCUCCUUGUCUGCAAAGGUCUUCACUGAACCUGUUUGCUCUGUUGCACUGGAGCGACUCUCACAGUCCACUCUGGCCAGCGAUGGCACGACGGUGCUGCCACAAGCCAAUGGAACACACAAGAACCAGACGGGACAAGCCGAAGGACGAAUGGAGGAGCCCCCCAGCUCCCUAUCCUCCCCCCUCUCCGACACGCCCCUGGACUCUCCUCUCAGCUGUGCUGACGUCACUCUGGAAUCCACUGGGGAACUCACUGUGGAAGACGUCAGAGACUUCCUCACUACCGUGGAUGAGGAGGAGAACAACUUGAAGAACAUUCAAGAAGAGGAAGGACGCAACGCUGGCAUCCUCAUCAAUUAAACAGGGAGGGGUUCAGGUGGUCUCUGGAUGGACUUGAUUUCAGUGCUGGACCACAAACAUCUCAUCACACCAUCUGAAGCCCUCCCACUCGCUCGGGCCACAAUUCUGGGUCCUCUGAGUCUGAAAACUGCGUGGGAGGACUAAACCCACUCAUCUUCUCACCACUAAACGUAGGACCAACUGCCCACUGUUAUGUUUCAUUCCAGAGAGCUUUGGCGUGACGUGCGAGUAGAUUUACUUUGGUGGAAGCGACGCUACAACAAUAUGGUACAGAGUAAUGGAAGAAAGCCUUAAAAAGAAGUUUAUGUCCUGGUUCAAGAAGGUUUUUGUUCACGUGAAGACGGACGCUCGAUGUUUCUUUGAUGGUUCACGAAGUUUGACGGUGGUGCUGCGGUUGUUUUGAGAUUUUUGGAGUCCAUUUAAGACGCGUUGAAACAAAUGCCACUGUACACUGACAUGGUUAUGAUUUUUUUUAUAGCUUCAAAAUGUCAUUUUGAUUCACUUUUUAGCUUCUAGUACUUCUGCAGAUGUUUUAUGGUACAGCCUCAGAAAGUGACAUAAGGUAAAGUGUGCGAGUGUAAAAAAUGCACCCGUUCGGCUUGCGUUUUGGUGAAUUGUGGGUAAUGUAUGCUGGCAGCAGAGCUUGAAUCACCAGUAUUUUUUGUUUUUCUUGAACUUUUACUGUGUAAAAACAAAUCUAUGUAUACAGUGUCUUAAUGUAGGUUAACAUAUGACAUGUGUCACAUGUUUGAGCCUAAAAAAAAAUAAA